CCUUGAACUCCUCCGUUUCUCACACUGCAACUGUGGGCCAUCGCAACCUCGUCAAAUCCCGUUUUUGUCAUCUCGACCAGCGUUAACCUUUUCCUCGAUUCCGAAAAUAGCUUCGACCAACAUCAUGACGACGAGAGCUCUGGAGGCCAGCUUCGACCGGCUCUCGGUCAACGACGAGAACGACCCCGGUGAGAAUGCUCGGCUAUACCAGAAGACCAAGCCGAUGGGUACCUCGAGCCAACUCACCCACAGCACCGCCAGGCAAACCCUGCUCAAAGUUGCGCUGCAGACGCAGCACGCCAACGCGGUCACGGCAACUGUCAACCUCCCCUCGCAAGCGGCCCAACGAAAGGGCGCCGUGCCCCCGACCGCCAACCCCGCCUCGCCCAAGAAGGAGAAGUCGACUUCAUUAACAACAUCUCGCUCCUCGGAGGAGACUGCGUCCGAGCAACCCUCCACGGCCACCUACGUCGACCAGCCACUUGUCCCUAAGCAGUUCCAUCUCGGCAUGUUCGAAAUCGGCCGGCCCCUCGGGAAGGGCAAGUUUGGGCGCGUAUACCUCGCGCGGGAACGCACCACCGGCUUCAUCUGCGCGCUCAAGGUGCUCUACAAGUCUGAGCUCCAGCAAGGCACGGGCGUCGAGAAGCAGGUCCGGCGCGAGAUCGAGAUCCAGAGCAACCUGCGGCACCCCAACAUCCUCAAGCUGUACGGGCACUUCCACGACAGCAAGCGCAUCUUCCUCAUUCUCGAGUACGCCGGCAAGGGCGAGCUGUACAAGCACCUGCGGCGCGAGCAGAGGUUCCCCGAGUGGAAGGCGGCGCAGUACAUCGCCCAGAUGGCGGCGGCGCUGCGCUACCUGCACCGCAAGCACGUCAUCCACCGGGACAUCAAGCCCGAGAACAUCCUGGUCGGCAUCCACGGCGAGAUCAAGAUCUCGGACUUUGGCUGGAGCGUGCACGCGCCCAACAACAGGCGCAACACGCUCUGCGGCACGCUCGACUACCUGCCCCCGGAGAUGAUCAAGUCGGGCAGCAAGGACAACUGGUACAACGAGAAGGUCGACCUGUGGAGCCUCGGCGUCUUGACGUACGAGUUCCUGGUCGGCGAGGCGCCGUUUGAGGACACCCCGAUCAUGACGCACAAGCGCAUCGCGAGGGCCGACAUGACCAUUCCUGACUGGGUCAGUAAGGAGGCCAAGGAUCUCAUCAAGAAGCUCCUGGUGCUUGAUCCGGAGAAGCGGCUUCCCCUCGAAGAGGUCCAGAACCACCCCUGGAUCAUCAAGCACUGCGUGAAGGGUGAGCGGGCGGCCAAUCGGGAAAAGCCCCUGAAAUAACCAACCGCAAAGAUGACGGGGGUGAGAUGAGUUGUUUUAUUGAAAUUGUUCUCGUUAUUUUGUGUCGGAGUCAGCGAGUGGCGUUCAGGAGUCGGGCUGGGUUCACCAGGGGGUCACGGUGCGGAGUUCAAUGCAUAGCGCAGCCUAUCCGGCUUUUGUUUUG